AUGGCUCUCACCAUUAGGCAACUUUCAACCUCUGUGAUUCCACCAGGUGGCAUCCCCACUUGUAUAACCUACCCUGAUGCAGUUGAGGGAGCAACAGCUGACUUUGAGUUGAAAUCUGGGCUACUUCAUCGUCUUCCAACAAUCUAUGGACUCUCUAUGGAAGAUCCCAAUCAACACUUAAUGGAGUUUCAGUUCAUUUGCACAAGCAUGACGCCACAAGGAGCUGAUGAGCAAAUCUUAAAGUUGAAAGCCUUCCCAUUUUCGUUGGCUGACAAGGCAAAACAAUGGCUUUAUGAGUUGCCAAGUGGAUGCAGCACAUCUUGGGCAGACAUAAUGAAGGCAUUUUUGGAAAAAUACUUCCCUACAUCUUGUAUAAUCAUGCUUAGGAAGAAGAUAAGUGGCAUUCAACAAGGACAAGAUGAGUCCUAUGCAGAGUACUAUGAAAGGUUCAAGACUCUUAUCACUCAAUGCCCUCAACAUGGCAUGAAGAAUGAGACCUUGCUCACUUGCUUCUAUGAUGGUCUCACCAACUUGGAAAGAGAUAUGCUCGAUGCAGCUUCUGGAGGAUCGUUUGUUGACAAGGAACCUGCAGCUGGAAUGGUCUUAAUUGAGAAUAGGGCCUUGAAUCAACAACAAUAUGGCUGUUCCAAGUCCACCCAUACACGUGAAAAAGUUCAUGAGGGAAUGAAGGGACAAGUUAUGGCAUGUGGAGUGUGCUCAAUGCAAGAGCAUAUGUCUGACCAAUGCCCUCAACUCAUGGAAGGAGGAAACUUUGAAGGUGUCAAUGCCCUAGGGUUUCAACAAGAGUACCAACGUCCAAGGAAUGACCCAUAUUCUAACACCUACAACCCUGGAUGGAGAGAUCACCCAAAUUUUCGUUGGAGGGACAAUGAAAACGCCCAACAAGCUUCUCAAGCCUUAAAUCAACGUCCUCCAGGAUUUUUCCCAAAGCCUCAAGCUCCUCUAAACCCUACUUCCUUCAAUACUUCAAAUUCUAAUUCAAAUGCCUCUUCUUCUAAUGAUGAAUUGAUUAAAGCAUUAGCGAAGUCUACUCAAGCUUUACUUGCAGGUCAAAAUAAUCAUGAGAGACAAAUCAACACCAUUGGUACUGACAUGGCAGAGAUGAAGAAGCAAAUGAGCCAAGUAGUAGAGUUCAUGGGAAAAUUUCAUGAGUAA